GGCUGUUUGGUGGGUGUAUAUAUAUUGUGCUCCCUCCUGCUGGAAUUUUGGUGCAAAGCCUUUACGUCUUUCUUCCUCAUUUCUUUAAAGUUUAAUCAUCCUUUUUCUUAUUUAUGUCUGUCUUGUUAGAAAGAAGAUAUGGGUAGGCUUAUUGAAGAGAAGGCUCUUGAACAGAACAAUUAUGGCCAUCACCAUGGUGAACAUGGCUUUAAUAAUUUCAGCCUUGAAGAGAGAGUUUCAGAGUUUCUGGACAGUGAUGUUACUGAAUCCGAUACUUUUCUCAAUGCAACUGAUGGCUAUGGAUCAGAUGGUAAUGAACCCAAUGACCGUAUUCAACAUACCCUUUACUGGGAAUCCCAAGAGGCCUUGCUUCAGGAAAUCCUAGAUCGUUAUAUCAUGAUAGGCUCCAAGUUACGACAAGAAAUUUGUGGAAUAAUAGAGGUAGCGAAAGAGACAGAGUUUUGCAGCUGCACAAAGCCAAGCAUUGAUGGUUGUCCCAACUGCUUUCGCAAGAGAGUAAUCACUCUGCUGUGUGACAGAGGAUUUAAUGCCGCUCUCUGUGUUUCGAAGUGGAAACACACCAAAAAGCAUCCUGGAGGGACACAUGAAUACAUUGAGGUGAUUGUAAGCACAAAAGGGCGAAAGAAGAAAAUCUCAUUUGUAAUUGAAUUGGAAUUCCGAGAACAAUUUCAGAUCGCAAAAGCAUGCGAUGAGUACAACAAACUAGUAGAGCAAUUACCGGAGUGUUAUGUGGGCAAAGCUGAUUACCUGAAGGUCAUCGUUGGUGUCAUGUGUGAUGCAGCCAAAAGGUCAAUGGAGGAGAAGAAACUCCAUAUGGGUCCUUGGAGAAAGAGGAGCUUCAUGCAGAUGAAAUGGUCAUAUUCUUUCGAGCAACAUUCGAUUGAUGAACCCUCCAACAAGUGUUCUUCGUUCUCGUCAAGGCAAGUGCAUCAAUCUAUCUUAAACUGCUGAACAGCUGCUUCUGUGGUAGCCACAUGAAAGCUCUAGCACUGGCUGGAAUCAUUUCCAAAUGAAAAAUUGACGCUUCUUUUCUAGCUGAUACAGAUGCUACUAGUAAGAGUGAGCCAAGAAUAUUUGUGAUCAUGAGAUCACAUAUUGUAGUUGUUGCAGCGGAUGGUGAGAUAAUUAGAAGCAAGAUUCUAGAGCAGAGCAGUUUGAUUGACAGCAAAAUUUUGUAAUAAAAAAAAUGCUAUCUGCAUAAGUUAUUGUAUAUGUAAAUAAUUAUUGCUAUGGAGCUUUCGGUGAGAUAGAAGGCAAGACCCCAACACAGAGCGUCUCAAAGGGUUGUCAAUUUUGUAUCUUGAGGGACAAUUUAUUAUCAAUUCAGGGUCAUAUAGUGGUAAGAGCUAGCAGAGUGUAUUGGGCAUAUCUGAAGUGUAAUGAGGAGCAGUUUGAUUCGCAAUGAAAUUUUGCAAAAAUUUUAUCUGCUUUGCUUAUUAGAUAUGUAAACUGGCAUGGAUCGUCAAAAUGAUGUGCUCCUUAAGUUAUUGUAUAGGUAUCAUGUGAAUGUUCUAGCUGAAUAUUUGCAGGGCCUAGAGAAUACUCAUCCAAUGUGAACCGUGAACCUCCUUGUGAGAAUAGGAUAAUUAUCACUGCCUUCAACCACCAAAGUCUUCAAAUAGGUUAAGAAAAUGCUUUUAACAUGAUAGUUUUGAGACUUAAACUUGGACAUUCAUAUAUUUUAAGGCAGUGUCAA